CCUAAUACGGAAGUGAUGUCAAAAAAGUUUCUCCACAGGGAAACACCGACGUUCUUCGAAGCAGUUUGUGUUGGACGUUGAACGUUGUUCAGGAUGAAUUCUGCUCAUAAAAAGACAGCGGAUGGUCUCAUCCAUUGGUACCAGACUAAUUUGGAGAGACGAAUUGAGAAGGGGGAUCGAAGUUUGGUAUGCAGGGAUGAAAGCUUUUGUAAGGAAGUUGAGAUGCUCCUUUGCAAUGGCAAUUCCCAGAAGAUACACAAUCUACAUGGAUUAGAUUCUCUGGCAGUGAUGGAAAAAUCUCUCCAUGCAUUUACCUCUAAAAGUGGCCAAAUGGGGCUUGAGAAACUUUCCAAGGCCUUUGAAGUGUUGGAGCUCGCAGCAUUAAACCUCUACAUCUACCCCUGGAGAAGAGAGUACAGACUGGUGAAGAUGUUUUCAGGCAUGUUCACCCAUUUGAUCAAACCUGCACUGACACUUCAUCAGGCUAAAGAGCUGUUUGGUUUGCUUGGAUACCGUGCUUUAAGUCCUAAUGAAGAAGAAGAGUUGGCGCUGAACUCCAAACUAGUUCCUGCUGAUGUUUUACUCAGUCUUGCAUGCUGUUUCUUCACUGCCCGGAUGGAGUGCCAGCUGCUACGUUUAGCUUUGGGCUCUGUUGACAGAGGUGUGGAGUGGGUUCUACAGCUAGUCAAGGAGAGGCAGGCAGGCCACAGUCUUCAGGUAGCAUUAGAGAACACCAAGAGAAAGUCAGACGCUUCUAGUGUUUCAGACGCCAUCCUGGCAGGUGGCGUGGAAGCUGAGCUGGAUCUGUACACAGGGCAGGCAGAUGACUCUCAUAUGACAUCCACUUCUUGUUCACCACCUCACGCUUCUUAUAUGCCACCAAAAGAGACUGAUCUAAGCAAGUCAAACAUGGGAAAUAAAGAGGAUGCAAGGCAGGGAGGACCACUCAACAGUCCAGGUCCAGUGGAAAGCUAUGGUGAAGAUCAACCUGAAAGGGAAGUCCAAAGACAUGCAGCAGCAAAAGACAUAUGCAGCUGUAUCAAGCCAGAUUUGUUUUAUAUAUACGAGUGUGAACAGUGCCAAGAUGUUCGCAGUUUCAUGUGUUCCCAUUAUAAAGACUGCGAAAUAAGAGGACAUACUUUAGCACUGUGCCCAUAUAAAGCUGAUGAGCUUUAUUCAACUCAAGACCAACUUAGAUUGUCCAAGGAAAAUUCAAAAGAUUCCCUGAAAACACAUUAUUGUAUGAAUGGUUCUACUUCUGAUUCAUUUUUGGUGUGCUAUGACUGCCAGUUGAUCCAUGACCACAACUGUAAUGUUAUUAAAAAAUGCACAAUUCAAAAACACAAUGUGCAGCCAACAGGAAAAUUACAACUCCCUAAAGGAGAAAGAGUGAAUGCUCAGAAGAGGCACAAAUGUCUUUCUGCUGCAUAUUAUAAGCAGGACUCCCAGGAAACGGGUGAUUCAGAAACACCAAUACUAUAUCACGAUUAUUGUUGGAAAGGUGACCAAACUUUGCCUGAAACAGUAUGCCUCACUUGUAAAGUAUUUCAUUUCUCUGGGUGUCCUGAUCAACGACACUGCUCUCAAAAACACAACAUACAAAAUGUUGGAAUAGUCUGCAUCAGUUGCUUCAGUGAUGAACUUGGCACCUUAUGCAGAUAUUGCAGUGCCGUGUAUUGCAAACUGUGUUGCUAUAAAAAUACCAUGAUGUGUAUGUGUGGACAGCCUUUCCUCAGCCCUUCUUCUGUUUAAAACAACUGUGUCAGUGUUGACCAUGUCUGGUUGAAGUCUCUUUUUAAUCUCAAAAUUAAGCCUGUUAUUAUUUUGCUAAUUGCAGAAUAAGUCUGAAAUACUGGGUAAUAUAAACAUGACAAUCUGUCACACUUUUGAUUUUUGAUAUCAGCAAUGUCUUUAUAUGAUAAGAGCCAAAUAUUACAGGAAAGUAACAAAGUUCACUGUAGAGCUGACUAUCUCUUGCUAAUCUAUAUGUCAUACAGUAGCAUGGCUCAUAACUGUCUGUUAUUGGUGAGAUUAUAUGAUGGCCAGUCCAAUAUUUGAUGGAUAUAGUUACCGGUAUGAUGUGUUCUGGAAAAUUAUGGCUUUGGGUCUUAGCAACAACUCCAAACAAUCACUGUGGUUUAGAGUGAUAUACUGCCAUAUAAUUAUUAAAUGCAAUGUGCAUGUAUGUUAUUAUGAUUGUCUAAUGCAAUUAAUAUAAAAAUAAAGAAACCAAAAACAGAA